AAGGACAGCCUUGUCUGUACUGCCCGUCCACUUGUUGAGGUGUUCUCCGACCAGCAUUAUUGUCUUGCGCACGCAAUCUGAUACACGCAGCAAGCACGAGUCAGUAUAAAGGAACUUCGAUUAGAAAAGUGACUCGUUAUAUCUUUCCUUACGAUCAUCAAGUGACAGACCUCACUGCAAGGCUUCUAAGGACACAACUCUCUUCUAUAGCGUAAAACUAUCGCGUCAAACUAAACACCAUGCCUCGAAUACCCGAUCUACCUGGGUUCCCUGUCCCUCCUCGUUCUGAACAAGAGCUCUGGCUUAAAAGUACUGUCGCGAGACUUUGUGGCCUGGACCAUGAACGAUUUCCCGGGAGUCAGCCCGUUAGUUUUAGCUCAAAGGACUUGCAGAAGUUGGAAUCACAAGAUUUUUGGGUGGCGGAGAAGUCGGAUGGCGUCCGAGUACUCCUUUUCGUCAAUACGGACUUGCAAACAAAAGACCAGGCCGUAUAUCUCAUUGAUCGCCACAACUCAUUUCGAAUGCUCAAUGGCAUUUUCUUUCCUCAUUUCGAGACCCCGUCCAUGCCGCUACGGAAUACGAUAGUGGACGGCGAGCUUGUCAUCGACGUGGACCCCAAGACGAAGCGAGAAAUACUCCGAUACCUUGUGUUCGAUUGUCUAGUAGUGGACGACCGAAAUAUCAUGGCAAAGAAUCUCGAGAAACGUUAUGGGCAUUUGCAAGAAUGGUUUUACAAACCCUACGCGAAGAUGCUGAAGGAGUUCCCUCAAAUGGCGAUACUACAACCGUUCGAGAUCCAAGUAAAGCCAGUCAAGCUCUCAUACCACGUUGAUGACGUUUUCAAUAUCGACAUCCCGAACCUUCAACAUGGAAACGACGGGCUCAUCUACACCAGUGUAAACACACCUUACGUUCCUGGCACAGACCCAAACAUCUUGAAAUGGAAACCUCCUUCAGAGAAUUCCAUCGACUUCAAACUCAUCCUUCGCUUCCCCUCCUUACCAGCCCGUCCACGAGAUCCUGAUUUCUAUGCGAAACCAGUCUUCGAGCUCCACGUAUGGUGUGGCGACCGAAACGGUAUACCCCAGUAUGAGAUGUAUGACGUACUGCGAGUUGAAGAUGACGAAUGGGAUCGCAUGAAAGCGUCAGGCGAGCAAUUGGAUGAACGUAUCGUAGAAGUGCAUUGGGACCCAGCGAAGGAAUGCUGGCGAUUGAUGCGUUUCCGAGACGACAAGCCUGCAGGGAACCAUAAAACUGUGGUGGACGCGAUUAUCAAGAGUAUAGCAGAUGGCGUCGAAAAAGACGAGGUCCGUCCAUGUUUCAAAGACGGUGACUGGUAUCGACGUUACGAUUCAACCAUUGAUACGUUUGUUUUUAGCUUCUGGCACGUUCAACGGCAAUACGAAAUGCCUGGAAAACGCGCGCCGGUCAACCCAUAACAAGUCAACCUCCUCCUCCUCUAGCCUCCGCUCGUCCUGGCUUAGGACCUAAACCUCCGUUCCCAACACAAUCCAUGCCACCUCCACCUCCACCAUCACGACCUACAUCCUCCCAUCAACCAGAAACAGCUCAAAUGCCAGCUGUGAGAGCACGUUAUGGACCCUUGGCUUCUUCACCUUGGAGUAAAGUCUCAGGACCUACUGUCAUUUACGGGAUCCAACGAUGAUCUCGACGGGUUCAUGUUACCUACCUUCGCCCAUACACAUCAGACCCAAGCUUCACUCCUUCGAGGGCGAAGGUUACUAUAUGCAUCGGGAUGGACUUUGGAAGGAAUAGGACCUGGGUGCUUUCCGAGAUCAAUCCAAGCAUGUCAUAUGUCAAAGGUAGAAGAAAGGAGCCUGGUGAUGAAGAUCUUCCCGGUCUGAGGCUCUGAGCUCCUGAAACGAAGACCUACUCAUAUCAAUUCUUUCGGUCGGGAUGUUCAACCGUUCCCGAACAUGGAGAUACGUAGUGGGAUCAUUUGAAGGCCCGUAAUCGAUAUCCUUUUCAUCUUCGACUUCGGCGAGGAUGGCACACACACGUCCUAACCUUCGGCUACCAAGACCGUUCUACCUUCCAUUUGGAUCCAUUCUCAGCGCACAUUAUGGGCGAGAGAUCUCUGAGAUGCUGAUAACGACGGUCGAGAUCCUUCGUUGGAGCUUUGGAGGUCUCAAUUUGGGCAUAUUGGCUAGUCUCGUUCUGUCUAUCUCGUUGUCAAACUGGGAAUAGCGGGUGCUCAAGACGGGAUAGUAGUACACUUUCUAUGUGCAACGUACAAUAUCAUUGGAUUUACGAUAAUGGACGUGGUUGGUAUUUGUU